UAAACAAAGUAUUUUUUUUAAGAAGAAGAAAGAAAAGUACCUACUUGUUUUUAUCACAGAAGAAAAAUAGAAACAGUUUUUAUAUAAAUAAAUAAAUAUCCACUCUACAUUCACAUUUACCUCUCACAAUAAACAACACAUAAAAACCAUCAACAACAAUAUAAUGUCCUUUCGCAAGAAAAGUACAACUUCUACAGAAGAAUCUAGUUCGAGUUCAUCGUCAGGUUCUUCGAGUUCAAGUGGAAGUAGUAGUGGCUCGGAAAGUGGCAGUUCCUCCUCCGAAACCGAUUCGUCGAGUUCAACAGAGGGAAAGCCAACUACGACUACUUCUGCAAACCCAAAGACCUCUGAACCAAUUAAGACACAGAAUGUCCGAAGAAAAAGCUCAACGGAAGUAAAGGGUCAAGUUAAGAGUGAUGACAAACCAACGUCAUCCUCUGUCGCUGGGCCAAAAGCUCGACUAUCCACUACGAAUCCCAGACUAUCAAGGAGCAGUGUUUAUUCGAGCGAUGAUGAUGUGCCUCCAAGUAAACGAAUCAAUAGGUCAAAUUCUAGCACUCAACCUCCUCCAAAUACACGAAAAAGACCCGGAGUAGAGGUCAAGAAGACGUUGGUUGCUCCUCCUCCGGUGCCAAAUCAUCCGCCAGCGAAUGGUGGGGGUAAGGCUCCUCCGGCGGUAGUGAAACAACAUCAGCAGCAAAACUUUGCCUCUAAAGUUGUUAGCAGUAAAACAAAGGCUUUUCAUACUGCAGCCAAAUCUCAAGCCCUCUCCAAUAGCAAUUCGAAGAAUAAGAGUAUAUUUUCACCAGACAAUUCGUCCGAUUCGGGACAAGAUGACAGUAAAAAGCCAGACAAAAAAUCGACACAAAAAGCAAGUACAAAUGCACAACAACAAAAGACCAACAUCAAUAAGACCCCCGCAACGACAACGACGGGAGCCAAAUCAAAAGCAACCAUUCCGAAAACUAGAUCGCCACAAAAAGCACGCCCCCCUCCACCAAUUGGAAAGACAGCAGCAUCAUCAAAUCGACGAAGUUCCGAUGACUUUGAUUCUGAGAGUGGUUCUUCGUCGGGAGAGGGUUCAUCCUCAUCGACUGAAUCAGAUGGAUCAGAAUCUAGCGAUACUUCAUCGUCGCCACCAUCUAAACGUGCUGUCCAAAAGAAGGCACUCUCCACAAAGACCCCAUCGGGCAAGUCUGAUAAAGCAGUAGUUUUGUCUGAUUCAGAUGCAGGGGCAAAUAAGCAAACUACACCAAGAAAGCUAACUCGAUCAUUGAGUACGCGACGAUCAAAGCAUGUUCUUGGACGAGUCUCAGAUACUGAAUCUGAGGGAGAGUUAGAUAAGCGAUCACUUUCAAAGAGUCCGGCGAAGAAAGCUUCAGUUGUGACUAAGAGCAAGGCCAAAGCAAAAACAAAGCGCGAUCUGAAAUCGGAAAAGACUUGCACAGAGCGUGCAAUCUCACCACAACCUCAAGAACAAAAAUGUCCAAUCGAGGGAUGCGAUUCGUCGGGUCAUCUCAGUGGCAACUUGGAGAAACACUUUUUGCCAGAAGCUUGUCCUAUAUUCCACAAUAUGUCCGCUUCAGAGUGUAAAGAGCGGGCAAAUGAAAGAAAACUAAAAGACGAUGAAUAUGAUAGAGUGGCGAGUCAGUUUGAUCCUCAGAAGAAAGUCUCCACUCCUGAGCAGAAGGAAUAUUUGCAAAAAAUUCGAGAAGCUCGUGCGAGAUUUAAGCCACAACAGGCUCACUCGUCAAUGGGUGAUAAAAUUAAGAGUGAAAAAGAUUGCACUGAUCACGAUCGAGAGCCUAAUCUGAUUGGUUUGGUUCCGGAAUAUGAUUUGCAAUUGUUUCGGGAAGCUCAGGCAAUAGCUAGCGAAAAGAUUGAAAACGAACUGAAAGGCCUUCAAGUAGGCAAAGGUAUUAAAUACAUCACAAUGGGUAAAUAUCAAAUGAAAGUUUGGUAUCAAUCACCCUAUCCAGAGGAUGUGGCACGUCUUCCCAAAAUGUAUAUAUGUGAAUUUUGUUUGAGAUAUCAAAAAUCUGAGACUGGAAUUAAAAGACAUGCACAAAAAUGCAUGUGGCGACAUCCACCGGGCGAUGAAAUUUAUAGAAAGGGAAAGUUGCAAGUGUGGCAGGUGGAUGGAAAACGACACAAACAAUAUUGUCAACAUUUGUGUUUGCUGGCGAAAUUCUUUUUGGAUCACAAAACUUUGUAUUGUGAUGUGGAGCCGUUUUUAUUUUACGUUAUGACAUUGGCCGAUAUUGAUGGCUGCCAUACUGUGGGAUAUUUUAGUAAGGAAAAAAAUUCUUUUUACAACGUUUCGUGCAUCUUGACGCUGCCUCCUUACCAACGGAAGGGAUAUGGAAGACUUUUAAUUGAUUUUAGUUACCUUUUGACGCGAGUGGAAGGAAAAAUUGGAUCCCCAGAGAAGCCACUGUCCGACUUGGGUUUGAUAUCCUAUAGAUCGUAUUGGAAAGAUGUCCUGCUGGAUUACCUUUGUAAUCGUACAGGAACCACAUUGAGUAUUAAAGAAGUUUCACAGGAAAUGGCAAUUUAUUCGUAUGACAUUGUAAGUACAUUGCAAGCCCUUGGAAUGAUGAAAUAUUGGAAAGGAAAACAUAUAGUAUUAAAAAAACAGGAUGUUUUGGAUGAAUUUGAAGAGCGACUUAGACGCAGAGGGAACUUUCCAAAAAUUGAUGACAAUUGCUUAAGAUGGAGUCCAUUUGUCCCGCCACAAUCUAAUAAUUCACCUUAAUUUAUUGUAUUUUCGUUUAACGAUUGAGUGUAAAUGUGUAUGUAGUUGAUAUUUUGAAUAAAAAAUAAAAAAACAAAAACAAAAAAGGUACCUAU